GGCACGACAGUCGUUUUCUUUUCGCCAGUCCUCGUGAAAUGUUACAUGCAGUGGGAUGCCCUGCAAGACCUUUACUCAAGUCACAUAGGUGAGUGACUUUCUGUAAACUCUCAAGUCCUGCUUUCAGGUGAAGGCGCUCGUGUGUCCAUUGUGUGCACGCUUAGUACGUUGCUUGCGUGACAGCAGGUGCGCAGUGGGGGGGCUUUGAGGGGGAGGUCAAUGGGGGGCGUCCCCUCCCCUAUACAAGCAGGCCCCAGCGCGGACUCUGACCGGCAGCUGCUGUAGCAGCGCAUUGAGGACUGGCCUGGCAGGCUGCGUAAUGUCCUGGUCUGGAUCAGCGCCGCCGCUCCAGGCCGGGAUGGCCCGCGAGGACGAACGCGACCCGGACCCGGACCCCGAUCAGGACGACCAACUGGACGACGAGCAGGACGCGCGGCAACUGGAGCGGCGCAUGAACGAGAGGCGGCGGGCCCGCUCACUGCCCGCCUGCCCGACUUCGUUGCUGCUGGCCGCCGUGUCUGGUAGUGAGCGGCGCAAGCGGGUCCAGUUCGCCGACUCGCUUGGUCUGAGUUUGGCCAGCGUCAAACACUUCAGCGCGCUCGACGAGCCCCGAGUGCCCACCAAGGUGUUCUCCAGACACACCGGGCGGCCGGCGGCGGGGGGGCGCUUCCCAGACCCGGACCCAGACGCAGCAGGGGGAGGGCGCCUUGUCCCCUGCUUCUCCGAGCCCGCGGACCAGGACUCUCGGCUUCGGAUGCUGCGCGUGUGCCUGGAGCGGGUGUCCGUCACGCACUACGACGUGCGCGGCAGCGUGCGUGUGCUGAACGGGAGCGUGCGCGGGGAGGUGGGCGUGCGCUACACAUUCAACGAGUGGCUGUCCCACGUGGACGCGCAGGCCCUGCUCUUGGACGCCCAGCUUCCGGGCGGCGUGGGCGCGCGCUACGGCUUCACCGUCUACACGCCCCCUGCGAUGGAGGCUGGGGCGGCCGUACACCUGGCCGUGUACUUCCGCUCCGACCAGGGUGACUUCUGGGACAACAACGACGGCCGAAACUACACGCUCCGCUACCGCACCGGCCGCGAGCGUGCGCCCGCUAUGCCGCCGCCGCCCCCCGAACCGCAGGACCGUUGAGCGCGCAACGGGAAGUGACGUAAUCGCACCACCCCACACGCUUUGAGCACAUUUUAACUUCUUCAAAGACCUAACACACCUGCUGUCACGCUCACUGUUUGGUGACUUUCGUACAUCAUUUAAAGGAAAUGAAAAGACUCUCUCCAAUUAAGAGACCUAGAAUGCACAUGCUUCCUGCUGUUGUGGUUUACUGUUAAACUGACCCAUAAAACUUAAGACAAUA